CCACCGUCACCGCAUCCACAAUCCACAUUUUCCACGCCACCAUGUCCGAGGCAGCACAUUCAUCGGCUGCGGACGUGUCAUCCGCCAUCACCGCCGCACAGCAGGCCCCGGCGCGCAAGCGCAAGCGUCGUCCGCGCACCGCACCCAAGGCCGCCGGCGAGGCUGCCCGGCCACCGCCGCCCGAGCCGGUGGCCGAGUCGAGCGCAGCGCCGGCCGAGGCAGCCGCACCGCAGCAGGCUGCUGCAGCAAGCAAGCCGGCUGCGCCGCAAGUGGCUGCCAUUCCGCAGCAGACAGCAGCGCCUUCCAAGGGCAAGGCGGCCGCGUCGGCAGCCGACUCGGACUCAGACUCAGACAGCGACGGCGGCGCGGCCGGCGCAGGCGGCGAGGGCGGCAAGAAGAAGCGCAAGCGCAAGCGCACGCGGGCUGCCAAGAAGGACAGGGCGCUGCCCGGCCCGUCGGCAGACCGCAAUCCCGCUGACGAUACGACGCUGGCCGAGAAUGUGCGAAGUUCAUUGUCGUACGCCUACCAAUUCGUGCAUGACAAAGAGGCCUGGAAGUUUGCCAAGGCGCGCCAGCUCUGGCUCGUGCGCAACGCUCUGUCGCUGCCACCAGCCGACGCGGAGACGCAGGUUCCGGCACAAGCGCCGGUCGCAGAUGGCAACGAUGCGGACGAGGAGGCGCCGACGGCCAGCUGGUUUCCUGACCAGUACCUGCCCCUUGUUGGGCGGUACCUCGGCACGAUGCAGGGCGCUGCAAAGGACCGCUUCGUCGCAACGCUGCAAGCAGCCGUCGAUGCGCCAGCCGUGCCCGAGCCGCCCCAAAGCACUGCCGAAGCCCCGCCAGCCGCAGCGCCAGCGCCGGCAGGCGCAAGCACGUCGUUCGGGUCCAUCGCGCUGGCUGCCGAGAGUGCCGGUACCGCGUCCGCAGAGCAGGCCGCCGAUCCGGUGGCCGUGGAGAAGCGGCGCGAACGGGCGCGGACGCUGCUGCGGGCAAUGGGCGCCGCAUGACGAAGCACGACGAUGACAUCGAUUAGGCG